GCCGCGCAGGCGCAGCCGCGGCCAUGGCGACCUUCUUCGGUGAGGUGGUGGUGGCGCCGUCCCGGGCCGGCCUGGACGAGGAGGAGGAGGCGCGGGAGGAGACGCCUGAGGACCGCGAGAUCCGCAGGGAGAUCGAGAAGAAAAGGGAGGUCGAUGUGCUGUGGACCUGGCGGUCGGGCGGCUGUGCCGAGGAGCCCUUGGUGUGCUCCAGGUUCAUCGUGGCCAUUGGAAGGAACGCUGCGGCUUUCCUGUCAUCUUUUAUCCUGGAUUCUGUGUGCUGGGAAGUGGUUGGAGUUGUGAAACUGUGGAAUGAGUGGUGCAGAACAUCCAGCACCACAAAUGUCCUCCCCACAGACUCUUUCUGUUUGUUCUACAGACUGAUAUCAGAUCCCACAGUUUUAUUGUGCCAGUGUAGUUGCUAUGUGGCUGAGGAUCAACAAUUCCAGUGGCUUGAGAAGGUUUUUGGCUCCAUGCAGAAGAAAGGCUUGCAAGUAACCAUCCUUUCCACGUGUCCUGUAGCUGAUUAUAAAACUCAGGAAUCCACUCUGACACUUGUAUCUCCAUUCCUGAGAGCUUUGAAGACCAAAGAAUUUCAGGAGCAGGUCUGCUGCCCACUGCUGGAGCAGCCCAACAUUGUGAGGGACCUUCCUGCUGCUGUUCUGAGUUACUGCCAGGUGUGGCAGAUCCCUGCAGUGCUGUAUCAGUGUUACACUGAUGUCAUCAAGCUGGACACAGUCACCAUUGAAGCCUUCAAGCCUCUGCUUUCUUCUAAAGUCCUGAAGAGUUUAGCCAAGGAUUCCUCUGAGAGCACCAAGAUUUUGAAGAAGUUCCUGACAACCAGUGACACUCACAAUAAUAUCUACAUCUGACAAGGACUUGAGUUGUGCUGCACUUUUGUAAACUCCACUUUCUUCUCCAGAGGACUUUUGGAAUUAUUUUUUUUCCCUUAAAAGUAGAAUAAAUUCCAAUAGAUUUUUACUUUUCCACUCUUUUUUUUUUUGUUGCUUUUAACUUCAUUGCUGCAAACACCCUUCUGCAUGGCUUGGAUGAUUCUUCUGGAGUGAUUUUAGGAAAAAUACCUUGGAUAUGAAAAGCAACUCCUUUUUCUCCUCCUGAAGGGAUUGUCUUACCUUGAAGUAUUCCUUUUAUAUGUAAAAGAGGAGAUGCAGAUCAGGAAUUCUGUCUAUAUCUAAUAAGAACUUACUUUUUUGACAUUAUUUUGAGAACUAAAGGAUUUUUGUUGCUCUUCAAAGAUUUGUCUGCGAUAGAGAAAAUUCACUCUCUGUCCUUUUCCAUCCACAGAGAAUUUUGCUUCUGUUUAUUUAUGACUCCAUAUGCCCUUUUUAAUGUGUGUGUUGAUACAAAAUGCAGCAAUUCAAGUAUGGUAAAUGCCUCUAAAACUUACUAAUAAAAAAUAACCUGUCCUGGUCACAGGCUGCUUCUGCUGGAUUUGCCAGGGCAAACUGAUUUAAUCCACUUUAAAACUCCAAAAUUUAGGCAAUGGUAGGGAUAAUAAAAGAUCUCUUAAGCACAACAUGUGAUUUAUAGAGGAAAGUAAAAGGUUUUAAAGCAUCUCAGAAAAUUCCCUGAAAGUUGGUAACAAUUUCAGCAGUUUAUUUAAAGUAUUAACUAGGAUUGAGGUGUACUCUGUUUAAUUUAACAUUUUGUUUCAGAAAAUGGUGUUAAAGUAUUAAUUUGCUCCCAGGUAAUUCUGUUCUCUGCUGGGUGUGACUUGGACUUGCACUGUGGAUAUUUUUGAACAGUGUUUUCCUUCACAGAACUGUCACUGAUUAAAAUUUCAGUUCAGGUAAUUUCAGAUGAGCAGAUCUUGCCUAAAGUGGCACUGGAUUUUGGAACUGGAUUUUGGAACCAGUUCUGAAGCUUUGUUGAGUUUUUUUUUCCCAUUUCUGUCCAUCCUUUUAAUUCAAAAAUUGGUUUUAUGUGUGAUCUGACCUGAGAAUUCUGUUGUUUUGAAAGUUGGCUGCACCAUUUUCUUACUUUUACAUGUUUGGUUCAUAAUAAAUAAAGCAGAUAAUAAGAAAUAUCUUUAAUAGUAAAU